AGAGGACUGUGUAUCUCUCUUCUCUUCUCUGUCCAACUGCUUUCCACCUCUCCGUCAUCUCUUAUCUCUCCUCCAUCUGUCUGUCUGGACUUCCCGUUUCCUGUACUGCUGGUACAUGACUGAUCCAGGGGAGGAUGUUGAAGUUCCGUGUGGACAGAAGACUGAGUCAACAUGACCCCAGUGGACCAGCUGGACCAGCAGUGAGCCCGAUCCAGCUGGAAGAGCCUACAACAAUACACUCCUAUCUGCAGCACUGUGAAGUGGAUAUGAAUGGGAAGGUGAAUACUACUGCUGAGAAGAUCACUCACUCCAAAAGUGCCAAUAUGGUGUCAGACCUGUCCCCAGAUGCCCAGCCUUAUACCCGGCCAUCCCAUACUGUCAGAGGUACUUCGAGAACGGCAGCGACAUUUGGCAAGCGGUCCAACUCUAUGCGCAGGAACCCCAAAGCAGAAGUCAACAAACAGGGAUGGCUAUGUAAGCAGGCCAGCAGUGGAGUGAAGCAAUGGAACAAGAGGUGGUUCGUCCUCACUGACAGGUGUCUUUUCUACUACAAAGAUGAGAAGGAGGACGCGGUGUUAGGGAGUUUGCCGCUACUAAGUUUCCGAAUCGGAGAAGUGGAGCCUUCAGAUAACAUCACCCGCAAGUUUUCCUUUAAGGCGGAGCACACUGGUACCAGGACAUACUACUUCAGCGCAGACAGUCGUGAGGAACAGGAAGAAUGGAUUAAAGCCAUGAGCAGGGCUGCAGAGGUCCAAAGUCAGCCAGUGCAGAGAACAAACCCUGACACCACGGGGGAUCUCAGCCACACCAUGGUGACCAAGGCUCCUAACACACAAAAAGAACAGCAUCCACACACACAAAUACACAGUGAAACAGACAAUGACCUCCCCCCCUUGACUAAGAUCAACGGGGUCAACAACCUGAAAAAAACCCCACCCUCCAUCCCCUGCUCUGAUCAAGAGGGGAAAAACAGUGACGGAAGACAAGGUGAAUUUGGAGGAGAAGGUAAAGAUGAAGGAGGAGGACCUAGACCUGACCACGCCUCUCACCCAAGUCACCAUCCAAAUGGCUGGGGCAACUAUGGCCCUUGCAACAGCGUGCCACACAACAGCAAUAGCAAACCCCCACCAUCCAGGAGUCACAGUGGACCCCGAGCCCCUCAGGGAAUCCCAGAGGGGGGUCUCAGCCCGUCACAUGACCCUAGGGAGCAGCAGGAAAAUGUGGUGCUGAGGAGGGGCUUUGUUCCCAGGACAGCUCCAGAGAGGGUAGCCCAGAGGAAGAGCUCCAUGGCCCAGCUGCAGCAGUGGGUCAACCAGCGGCGGGGCAUGGCCUCCCAGGAGGACAUCAACAGCCCAUCUCGUUACUACCUAGUGAACCAUGGGGUCUCAGGUGACUACUAUGGCUACCCUGGUGGCCCCCAGAUUAUGGAGGAGUACCCUCUGUACCCACCGGGGGUCCGACCUGACAGUAUCUGCUCUGUCUCUGCUGUGGGGGGAUACGACCGACACUGGACUGUCGAGGAGAAACGUCACUCGCUAAGGGAUAGACCCCACCACCUGCAUGGACCUCCAAUGUCCAGGGACCAAUGGGGACCACCGUACUAUGGUGGAAUAGAAACAUCAAUGAGACGUCUGUCCAUACAGCCCCGCUCCAGGUCUGUGCCCAGGUCGCCAUCCUCAUCAUCUGGGGGGCCCUACUCACCGGUGCCACCGAGCUUUGUCUCCCCGGCUCGAUCGCCAUCUGCCCGCUUUGACAGGUUCCCAGGACGGAUGAGGGAUGAUGUGAUCUAUGCUGAUCCAUCUGUCUACAGCCUGAGGAGAUCCCUCAGCUCACCCAAGUAUGACUAUCCCGGUGAUAGAAGGUCCUUAAGCCAAGGAUUAUUCCACUACAACUACCCUGUAUCCCCUUCGUUCCACAAUAAAAUGGAGGACAUAAUAGACCUUCAGCUCCAGCGCAACCUGAAUUACUUAGACCAACAGGUGCCUCCUUUCCAUGAUGUAUACAGCAGAGAGCUACAUCCCACACUGAAGCUCAAUGAGAUUGAAACCAGUAAACUCUUGGGCCGGCUGUGUGAGCAGAACCGAAUUUUGAAAGACCAUGAGGCUGUUGUCCACAGACUAAGAAUGGACAAGGACAGCUUAGAGGAAGCGUUGGUGGGAACACAUCAGGAGAUGGAGCUGUUCCAUAACCAGCCUUUGGCCAUGGAAAAGCUACGGUUCAAAAAGGAAACUCUGCAGAACCAGCUCAUCAACAUCAGAGGGGAGCUCUCCCAGGCCUCCAGUGCAUUAACUACCACUCGUAUGGAGUUUGAAGCAUUAGAAGAUGAGGCCAAUGCCAUUCAUGGAGAUCUAUGGGAGCAGCUUAAUGCAGGAGGACAGAGUGAACUGGUUCGUAGGCAUAUCCAGAAAGAGUUUUGGAGAGUCCAAGAUGUAUUAGAGGGACUGCACAAGAGUAACUUAUCCAGAGGCACUGACACAACCAAGCACAGAGUGGCCAGCGGUGCAUCAGGCUCCUUUAGCACCAAUAGUCCAGCCAGUCCCUUGAGCUCAGUAAGCCUCACCAGUCCACUCAGCCCCUUCUCCCCAGUACUCGGCUCCCAGGCCUCCCCCACCAAACAGCUGGGCCCGGAGGAAAGUGUUCCCCCAAGGCCUCCCCUCCCCAAGUCCUAUUACCCUCUAGAGCCCUCCCCUACCUUCCCUCCCUCCGUCCCUCCCCUGCCCUUUGACAGCACCACCUGGCUACACAGCUUGGGCAUCGAUGAUGGUUUCCUUGAUGGUGAAGAUUCUCACAUCAGAAAGCCCAAGUUUGGAGAACAGAACAAUGUCAGUGAUGUGCAAGACCAGGUCCAGGACAGACAAUCCAUCAUGAAUAAAGUUGGCAUUGUCCCACCUAGAACAAAGUCCCCCACCGAUGAAUCACACAGCAGCUCUGCUGGAGUUUCCUGCCCUCAUGGCAGAGUGCCCGAUGGAAUCUCCAGGGAGCGUCCAAAGAGUGCUGUAUUUCCUGCAGAGGUGAAGUCAAAGAUGAGCGUGGAGGAGCAGAAUGAGCGAAUCCGACGCAACAAGAGCAACUCUGUGAGAGACAAGAGGCGGAGUCUAAACCUCUCAGGGGGCCAGUCUCCAGCCAAUUACAAAGUGAUUCGUAGGCGUCUAACAGCUCACGAGAUCGACAUUAAAGACUUGGAGGCAGCGGUUCGAGGCCAGGGACAGGAGUCACCUCGGGAAGAAAUCGCUCGCCUGAGACGGUUAAAGGUUGAACCCUAUGACCUGGACAUUAGCAAAGAGCUGAUGACUCCUGACAAGGUUCUUAUUCCGGAGCGCUACGUGGACGAGGAGGAUAACACUCCUCUUAGCCCAGAGGAACAGAAGGAGAAGCAGAAGAAACUGGAGCGGAUCAAGACCCUCAUUGCCAAAUCAAACUUGCAGAAUAUGGUUCCUAUCCUGGACGGCCCGGCAGAGGGGGGAACUCCAGUCAGCUCCCAGCAGCAGUUGCAGGAGCAGGAGAAACGCAUUGAGAUCUCCUGUGCCCUGGCUGCUGAGGCCUCUCGUCGCAGUCGCCUUCUCUCUGUCCAGUGCGCCCCAAGUCCCCCCACCUCCCCGACCAGCCUGGCCCCUUCCCCUUCCUCUGCUGACUUCCCCAACUCCGCCCACAUCAUGAAGGUGUGAGUCAUACAAGCUCAAGCCCUGGCUGCUGUCAAGUUUGAUGGAGCAUCUUUCUAAGGAUUCAAUGGACAUACUGAAUAAUGAAGAUGAUCCCGGACAAGUGUUUUUUUUUUUUAGCACCUUAAGGUGGUUCCUAGGAGGCAAGAGCAAAUUUAUAACCUAAAUGGGAGCUAUUAUGACUUGUAAGUUUAACCGCCCCACUGCCCCCAACUCCAGUUCAUCGACUCAUUAAUGUCUCCUGUUAAAGGCUCCAGAUAUCUUACCAGCUUCAAGGUGUAUAAUAUUUCUACAACCCCAAAUCCAAAAAAGUUGGGACGCUGAGUAAAACAUAAAUAAAAAUUUAAUGCAAUGUUUGCAAAUCUUUUUUUUACACCUUUAAUCAGUUGAAUACAGUACAAAUACAAGAUAUUCAAUGUUCAAACUGAUAAACUUUGUUUUUUAUUUGUGAAUUUACACUCAUUCUGAAUGAGUGAUGGCUGCCACAUGUUUUUUUAAACAACACUCAGUAAGUGUUUGGGAACUGAGGACACUAACUGUUAAGUUUUGAAAAUGAUUUUUUUCCCAUUCUUGCUUGAUAUAUGACUCCAGCUGUUCAACAGUACGGGGUCUCUGUUGUCGUAUUUUGUUUUUCAUAAUGCACCACACAUUUUAAAUAGGAGACAGGUCUGGACUGAAGGCAGGUCAGUCGAGUAUCUGCACUCUUUUAUUACAAAGCCAUGCUGUUCUACCACGUGCAGUCUUAUUGUCUUGCUGGAAUAAGCAGGGAUGUCCCUGAAAAAGAUGUCCUCCUGAUGGCAGCAUAUGUUGCUUUAAAACUUGUAUGUACCUUUCAGCAUUCAUAAUGCUUUAACAGAUUUGCAAGUUACCCAUGAUGCCAUGGGCACUACACAAACCCAUACCAUCACAGAUGCUGGCUUGGAACUUUCAGCAGGACAGAGUCUGUAUGGUCCUUUUACUCUUUUCCUGGAGGACACGAAGUCCAUGAUUUUCAAAAAAACAAAAUUGCAAUGUGGACUCUUCAGACCACAACACACUUUUCCACUUUGUGUCAGUCCAUCUCAGAUGAGCUCAGGUCCAGAGAAGUCUGCGGUGUUUCUGGAUGUUGUUGAUAUAUGGCUUUCACUUUGCAUGGUAGAGUCUUAACUUCCUUUUUUAGAUGCAGUGAUGAACUGCGUUUACUGACAGUGGUUUUUCAAAGUGUUUCUGAGCCCAUACAGUAAUCUAAUUUAUGAUUUUCAUCCCUGCCCAAUAAGUGGAAAGAUUUCUGUGGAUUCUCUUCAUCUUUUGAUGAUGUUAUGGAUUGUAGAUGGUGAAAUAUGUAAAUUUUGCAACUGUGCAUUGAAAAAGAUAAGACUAUUUGCCCACACAGUUUUUCACAAAGUGGUAAAGCUCUGUCUGUUCUUGCUUGUGAAUGACUGAGCCUUUCAAGAAUGCAAUCAUACCCAAUCAUGAUACUUUGAUCUGUUACUAAGUACCUGUUUACCUGUGGAAUGUUCCAGGUGUUUUUUGAGCAUUUCACAACUCUCUCAGUCUUUUGUUGCUACUCUCUCAACUUUUGUUUGACCUGUUGAGGGCAUCAGUUUCAGAAUGAGUAUACAUUUACAAAAAACAUUUAUAUUUAUUAGUUUGAACAUUAAAUAUCUUGUCUUUAUAUUGUAUUCACUUGAAUAUAGAUCACAAAAGGAUUUGCAAAUCCUUGCAUUCUGUUAUUUAUGUUUGACACAACAUCUGACCUUUUGGGGAUUGGGGUUGUAUUUAAUUUAGCUCAGGACAUAUUUUACAAAGUAGAGAUUACUGAUGAACUAUGUUGAUAUCUCUCAACUGAGGUUCAGUGUUAAUUCACAAGGCAAAACUGCAUAUGAGAGGCCCACUCUGAAGAUAAACAAGGAAAAGAGCUGCAAAGAGAAAUCAAGAGAAAGAGUUUGGUGUUGGGCCAUGUAAAUGUCCCUGAGGUUGACUAGUAGACAAAAGUCUCACUAAAACCUACAGAGAGUCUUUGAACAUGCUUCUGGACAUUAAAAGCCAGGAGAAUGUUCAUUACCAUCUAACCUCCAUAUCAGCCUUAUAAAACCACCACAUGUUUUCAUGGCACAGUGAGGAGUGGGGCUCAGUGACAGACUGAGGAUAUUUGCCUACACUGACAUGUUAUGACACUUUAACAACCGACUGAAAAAAAGAGAGAAGCCUUUCAGCCUUUGUAAAAAGCUGAAGACUCCAAGGGCCCCCAUCCCCCAAGUGCCCCCAUCCCCUACACUACUACCAUCCUAUCAACUUUGUUUGCUAUCAGUUACACUCAUAAGCAACCAUUAGAAUAACAUUGAUGUGAUUGGGUCAAACUUUCAUUUUGCUACGAUACAUCACUCACUACACCCACACUACACAAGAAAACAGCACCAAGUUUAGUGCGAGGCAGAGCUGAAGAUAAAUAGCAUUACAAAACCAUGACCCAUCACUUUAUUUAAGUGUGGAAGCUAGUCAGAUUGUAAAGAUUAAAUAUUUAACUUAUUACAGAGAGGAAGUGACAUGCCUUCCCCCCAUUUUGUGGGUCAAACAUAAAAGAGCACAUAACCAGAUCAUUCUCAUUCCCAGGUUGUCAUAUACUGACACUUUGUCACACCCCCUCAGCUUCUCAUACCGACACAAAAGGUAUUCUUUAGCAUCUGUCUGCACAACUGACUACCAGGUGAAACACAUUGUAACACUUGGUUAACGUUGUUAAUAGGGUUGGGAUCCGGAUCCGGUUCUUUUUUGGAACUGGGUCCAAAGUUCCGGUUCCGGAACUGGUUCUAUCACAUUUGGAGUAACAGUUCCUGCAAACGGUUCCUAGAUUGUAAAAAAAACCCAAAAAAAACGUCACGUGCAUUUCCAUUAGAGUGCGGCACGGGCCCCAUAUUUCUGUCCGAACCCGACCGAGCCCGACAUUAUUUAAUUACUAAAGCACUGAGUUUGUGUCACACAGUUGUUAUGGUUACAGGCUAUUUAACAGGCCGGGCGUGCGCCAUGGGUGCUCAGCGGAGAGGGAGACCUCCGUGUUUGAGAUGGGAGUGGGCGGCGGGAGGUCCGAGGUUUCCAGCGAGGGGAGAGGGAGAAAUAUAACAAAAUAAGAUAAAAUAGGAAAAACCUGUCUCCCUCUUUUAUUUAAUUUUCAGCGUUUAAUCAAGGCGGAGGCGGGCGGCGGGAGGUCCGAGGCUUCCAGCGAGGGGAGCGGUAGAAACAAACAGCCAAUGUGUGUGUGUUCUGUUCAGGUGUUGUCACGUAAAUAACAGUGCCCAAGCAUGAAUGCAUAUAAGUAUUUUUUAUUACAUUGCUGUGAUUAAUUUGAGGUAAUAGUGUUACUGUAGAAAUCAGAGAAUCACUUUUUGUUGUUAUAUAUUCUCAGGGAGAUGAUACAAGCUCUAAAUCUGAAAUACACACCACACACAAAUGCGUAUUUUCAUCUAAUUGUACUGUGCAACAGUUAGAAUAAAGUUUUUGUAUUUGUAUGAUUGCAUUUGUGUUUAUUAUAUACUUGUUUAAGUAUAGCAAGUAUAAUGAAUAUAAUGUCGGAAUCGGUAAGGAAUCGGACCGUUAACAAGGAAUCGGUAUGGAAUUGGAAUUGUUAAAAUCCUAACGACUCCCAACCCUAGUUGUUAAACAUCAUGGUUAGGUUUAGGUAACAAAACUAUUUGAUAAGGUGUAGAAAAAACAUCAGUCUUUGCGGUUAAAACUACCUUUAGUAUGUAACCUGAUGUAGAUAUGUCAGGUGAGUGACUAAGUACGUCGCAUACUUAUGUAAGUUACGUAAAGCUACUUUAAAACAACGCUGACUUUUGGUUUCACACAGGACACAAACAGCAGACUCCUGGACUGUGUUAACUUGACCCAUCCUCCACCCCUCCUGCCCACCUCAUGCAGAGUUUGUCUCUCUUUAUACUACGUCUGUAGCUCUCAGCAUCAGUUACUGCCACAGAUGGGUUUACAUUGGAGUAAGUUAGAGUAGAGAUGCCAAAGAGUGCCGUUGGCUUAAUUUCACACACUGAAGGGGCAUAACAAAACAUAAACGAUGACCUGGAAAUGAGAAAGGUCUAGCAUAACACAUGCAUUGGAUUAUAUACUUAAGAAUACCUUGUCUAUUAAACUUUUACAAUAGAUCAUUCAAAGAAACAGCAGACUGUUUACAAUUUGGAUGUAAGGAAGCAUCUAUUUGAGGCAACAACAAAAACUAGAGGGAGAGAUAGAACAGAGCUUAAAGACGGGCGAAUAUGAGUCCAGAAGCCUUUUUACCGAUCGUCAAUCCAGUAUUCCUUCAACAUGUGCUCAAGGCAACUACAGUGUGGUUAAAGUGCAGUUAGGUCUCUAACUUAUUUAACCUUUAGACAAAAAUAAUGGUCAUCUGGUGGUUAGUCGAAGAAAGCAUUAGGAUAGAAAACAAGUAGAAAAUGGGAUGAGUAACAGGGACUCAUAUACAGCCAUCCACCACCCUGACCUCCACACUGUCACUGUACAUUGCUCUUUAUGAACCUCACAUCUCAACUUUUUCAGCACUUAUCGUUGUCAAUGAGCAGAAAUCUUGUAUCCAGGGCAGAUGAUUAUAAAUGACAUUCAACCUGCAUCCUGAAGGGGCAUGAUCACCUCACCAUAAACCACUUUGUGCAGUUUUGUUUUUUUGUUUUUUUACAUUUUGUUAAAUACCUUUGCAUUUAGAAUCAAAUUCAGUAGACUUUAUCAGAGUGCCCAAUAAAUUCCCCAGUAUAUAUAGGUAAAGUAUGUUGGUUUUGCAUUUAGGAAUGGUACAGUGUAUGUGAAAGUGAAAAUAGAAGUGACCUUAGAAGAGUAACUGCUAGAAAAGCGAUAGUCUGUGUGAAGAGGAGUUAGCUAUUGAUGCAGUCAUUUAAGAUGGACCAUAUACUGUAAAACAUUGUCAUGUAACAUAUCUGAACAACAUUUCACCCAAUCAUGCAGUGCCAUAAGUCUGAAACAUUUCUCUAUGUUUUAUAUGUUGUGAUGAAUGGACAUAUUAAUGACAUGACUUAUAAAGGAGUUUGAAGCUGGAAGAAAUGCAAUGACUCAUUGCACCUACGGGGGUUGCCAAGGUUAGAAAUGUCUACACAUGGCUUUGAGGGGAGCUUUAAAAUAGCCAAUAUUAAAUAAUUAGAUAAUACAUUUUGAAAUCAAUAUAUUUUAGUACAUAACCCAUUCAUUUCAUAGUUUCAUUUUGAAUACACUAAAUGCAUUAAUUAACCAAAUCUCUUGAAAUAACUGAAAUGUUAAAUCUCAAUUUAUUAUCAUGAUGUGUUAUGUAAUCAUAUUAUAUUAACAAUGUUUUAGUAGAGUUAAUUUUUAUUUGAUCACAGAAUACAUUUUAUUUAAAAACAGUUUUACAAAAGUAUGUUUUUACUCCAUAAUUGCAUUUGCCAAUGACACUUUAAUUUCAUGUCAUUAGACUAUAUUCACAAAACACUUUAUGAAAAUUUCUGUCUUCAGCUGUUUCAACUCUCUUCCUUUGGCAAUGCCUCCUCAUUGUAACUUCCCCCAGAUUUGAACACUGUGACCACACACAUAUACAUAUACACAUACACAUACACAUACACAUACACAAACAACACACAUGUGCACAAACCUCCCCUUUCAUAUGUGUAUGUUAUUUAUGUUUUUUGCCAUUACACACUUCAGUUUUCAAGUGACCUGCCUUUGUACAAAGCUAUUUUAUGUCCAUACUCAGAGUCAGAGAAAAUAUGGCACAGAAAAUUAAGAAAAUUGACUUUUACAUUGAAAGCAGAUAACAGCUCUCACUGCGCAAAAACAAAACAAGAAUUUAAGAGAAUACUUUUUUUUUUUUUUUUGAAAGGCAAUAUGUUCAAAAGAGGCAUUUCAUAUUUUUUAAAUACAUGGAUAUUCAAUGACAAGUUGACAGUAGAAAUAUUUACACUCAAUUAUGUUUUGCAUUUUUAACAAAAAAUACUUUUUUAUUUUAUUGCUCUUGAGGAUUGUUUGAGGAGCAGAACAUAGAUAUUUUUGGAUUAAUUGGAAUCUGAUGUGUAAAGAAAUGACAUCCAAAAGGCGGUGUCCAAUAUUUGAUACUAGAUGUAGCAUUUGUGGAUGAUGAAAAUAAAGAAUAUAUACAUUA